ACGAAAACACCUGCCAAUCUAGAACCAGCGGCCACUUCGACCUCACGCCAUUUCAUCGCCUCCCUGUCGUUCCAUGUCGGCUCGCCCCGUCAACACCCUCCCUCUCGCCCUCGAUCGAUCAUCUGGUGCAUGAAAACAAUCCUCGUCGCCUACCCGCCACCAUGCUGGCUCUUCGGGAUCAAGAGAACUUGGUACACGCCCAUCAAACCGUCGCCGCCUCUAAGCCUCUGAACCAGGGCGGGAAACAACUGCAGCCAAAGACCCCGGGAGCUCGAGCCCCGAAAACCCCCUUCAAAGUCCCGCUGAAUGAUGAGAACGACCCGUUGGCCUUUGGAAAGAAAACCGUGAAGGGCACCGGUAAACAGAAGGAGAACGCGAAGCCAUCGGUGAAGGAUGCGUUUGUUACUCCAUUGGCAGACCCUCGUCAACGCGCCCCCUUGGGCAUGAAAACGACCAAUGCCAAAGCCAAGGGAUUACAGACCCCCGCCCCUCCCGCGGGGACCGUGAAGCCGGAAAGAACCACGAAAAGAGGCUCUACGCAGAGAGCAAAGAAGUUCACUCCCCUGGUCGAGCAGAGCCAAAGCAAGGUUCAGGAUAAGCCAGCUCAGGACGAUGUCCCCGACAUCGAAUACAUGCCGCCUAAACCCAAAGAGCUCCCUGACAUUCCUGACGACAUCACUUACGACACUACUUUCCCCCAAUUUAAACCGAAGAACUUUGCCCUGGGCCUGGAGAGCGUGUAUGGCGAUAACGAGAUUGGAAAUGAUGGUCUUACGAAAAGAGAGCGCAAACUGCAGGAGGAUUCGGUCGCAUGCGACAAAAUGAUGGAUGAGAUGAUCCUCGAACAAAUUGAGAAUAUUGCAUUUGAGGAAGCCGACAGAACGAAGAGCCACGACGAGUCUUUACCGAAGGAAACCUCAAGGGCCCACCGUGUGCGAGCUCCAACCACGAGGAUCAAGCAAACCAGCAAUAUUUCGACUGUGCGGGCUCGGGACGCCGCCGCCGCUCUUUCGGGUACCGACCGGUCCAUUCCACGAACGAGGCAGGCUGUCAAUCCCAAGGUCAAACCGAGGGUGACUUCGUCCCUAUUUUCGUCUCGAAAGCCACGCGCUCCCACCAAUCCAUCGUCCAUGCGCCAUACGGCGGCGAUUUCGAGCUCCCGAACCACCGUUGGAUACACCAAAGGCCGGGACGUGUCGUCGAGAUUGCAUGGCAAGCCGUCCGAUGCCGUAGCGCCACCCGUCGCCAAAGGAAUCCUAUCGCCCGAGACCUAUGUGCAGCCCGUCGAGGUACCAUCUGACACAGAAUUAGAUGCGGGCUUUGGCGAACAGGAAACGGACGUCGUGCCUGGGGACGUUGAGAACGUGCUUCCGACCUACGAGGAAGACGAAGAAUCGCAGAAUUUCCAGCUGACGCUUUGAAGUCGAGACACUAUCACUCUCCAGGUUAACAUUUACGGUUAUGUUUAUUCUCAAUCCGGCGCAGGAUGGGUCCACACGGUUCGGGGUUGGAUGGCAGGCAACGGGGCGUUUCAUAAUGCUGUACGACGAUACUCUGAUUAUUAUUGAUUUGAUAGUUGGUACUUUGGGUCAGGUGCGGGCCGGUAUCAACCGGUACCGCUACCUUCCACGGUUGCUUCCGCGGGUGUAAUCAUACGGUACCGUCGAGGUACCAGUACUUUUGAGAUACCUCCGUCGUAGUCCUCCGUAGUUACGCUCACCGCUCCAGCUCAGGCAG